GGCCAUGCCUCUCAAGGGCCGCUAUCAAUGUCAGUCACAGCUCUGUCCGACCCUCCGAGGCACAGUCGUACUACUUGAAGACGCAGCUUGCCCGAUCCCAGCGCCAUGGUUCGGCAUCGGGGCCGGGGCGCUGUUGGACGCGUGCAGCGCUGUGCACGUCAGGUGCAAGUAUAUUGAGCAGUGAGGACCUCGAUCGCUCGGUAUGAUGAUGCCUUGUUGGUCACACUCAGACACUCUGCUCGGGCAUACUGGAGUCCUCGCCGUCCAAAGCGACCCCAGGCACACUUACACAACGCUACACGGUCGGCCGUCGUCGUCACUGGUUCGCAAACGGCCUCUGAAGUCAUACCCCUUUUCCGUAUAUAUAGGACCUACUCAGAUACAAAGUCAACUCAAGUUGGAUCAUCACAUCAACAAGCAUCCAGUUGCGAGUGCACUUGAGACAAAUCUCAUCAUCGGCCUCUCGCAGUCUCACUUAUACCUCGGGCAACUCCCGAUCAACACUGGCCUCAAGCUUCUUUCUUGCCUUAUCUAUCACGACUUGAACUCCAUCACCCACCAGCCUGGGCGGACCUACCUGACGGCUGACGCUUCAUCUCGACUACAAGACACCCCUAGACCGACACAAGAUGUGCAGCUGGGAGCGUACGGUAUACGCCUGCAAGUGCGAGAGCAAGCCAACUCGAGUCCCUUACUCGUGCUCGGUCUACACACGCCACAUUUACGGCUCGUGCCGUUUCGACGAACGCUACGACCGUGUCCACGAGGUGAUUAGCUACGACUACUGCGAGGACUGCCAGAGGUUGUAUCAAUAUGUCAACCUCUGACAUCAUGGCGCUGUCCUUCAUCUCCAUCACACAGACCUAGAUCCACCUGGUAUUUGUUUUUCAUGGUGGUCGG